AUGGCAUCUCAUGGUCUCGGAGACGAUCAGGCCCAUGCCUACUACGGCAGCGGUCAUUCCUCUCACUCAAGCCGGCGCCGAGCUAGAAGGCAGCGAGAAGAGCCCAACCGUAUGGUUGAGAACUUGGGCGGCUACAAGAUGAGGAUUCCACCUUUCAUGGCCGAAACAAUCCGGACGAGUACAUGGAUUGGGAAAAGAACGCGCGAGAUUGGUGGUGCCUUUGAGGUUACUACUUGGGAAGAAAUGAAGCGCAUCAUGAGGCAGCGAUUUGUCCCUGGCCAUUACCAACGUGAGCUACACUCCAAGCUCAGGAAGCUUACUCAGGGAUCCAAGUCUGUGGAAGAAUAUUACCAAGAGAUGGAGGUAAUGCUUUGCGCGCCAAUGUGGUUGAAGAUCGCGAGGCCACUAUGUCUCGAUUCCUUGGAGGCUUGA